AGUAUUUGCCCUCCCCUUUCCCUAAGGUGAAGGCUGCUUCCAUGUUUUACCUCCAGUCUUGGCUGUUCUAAGGUACAGCUUAUUUCCUCUUCCUGCACCCCUACCCAUACCCCAGUGGACUGAGAAAUCCCCCCGAGUGUGUGAGGGUGUACAACUUCUGGACCUAUCUCCUGGAGAUCCUGAAUGCUGCAGCCUUGGUGGGAGAGGGGAGAGGGUAGGUGGAGUUGCUCAGAAGAGAAGAAUGUGAAUGUGGCACAUGAAAGACAGUUUUUAGCCUCCUCCAUCUAAACCAGGUAUGAAGCUAUUCCCACGGGUCCUUCCAACCUGAUUCCACUCGUCACCAGCUCUACCCUCUGAUCACAAACCUUAGCCCACCACACUUUGCCAUGAGUGCAUGCACUGGUCUUUCUGCCCUCAGAGGCUCUGGCAGGACAUUCAAGGAACACGCCUCAGGCCCAGCCUCUGAGCUACGAGAGCCAGUGUUGCGUAAGUGCCUUCCUGGCUACUUAGGGCCAGCUCUCAGCUUGGCUGGGAGUUUACACCAGCCAGGCAGGGAAGUUGCUCUCCUGUGGUGAGAUUUGUUAGGGUGCAGGCAGCCACACUGAGCCUUGGAGCUCUCAGAAGCCAUUCAGGCCUAAGAGCAGGGUAGGAAGAGCUGAACUUACUGUAAGUGAAGCUGCACUGUGACUGGCUGUGUGUGGAGGCUGUAAAGUGAUAGACCUGACCUUGGGGUGAGGGGUGGGGGUGGGGAAGCCUGAGAGAAGCUAGGCUGUUAUUGAGCUAGUGAGGCAUUGAAUGUAAAAAGGUCAGUGAUUUAGUUUGGGGCCCCUAGUAGCAAUAAAUAUUGACUCUUUGGAGUUUGUUCUAGAGAAAGUAAAGGCUUGGCCCUGUAGAAAGUUGGCUGUGAAGGGUGGUAGGGGCAAGACAGUGCCCUGUGAGAGACUGAUCUGCCCCAUCCCUUAGUUGACCUUAGGGGGGUGAGGUGGACAGAAGACCCAGUGAGUUGGAGAGUGGUCCUGGGAAUUGUCAGUGAGCAUUGGUUCACAGUAGGGACCGGGAUUCCUAGUUCAGAGAGAAAGUGAAAGUGAAAAUAGUCGGGAGCUUUCCUAGAAGCUGUCUGCUGCCUGCCUUCCCAGAACAAGGGCCGGCUGGCGAACUGGCGAACGGAGUGUUACUUCCCAGAGGAAGUCACAGUUAGGCACCAGGCUUGCCUGCUUCCACAUUCAUCAUGACCAUGAGACACUGUGGCUGUGCAGCAGACCCCAGUCCUUGGUGGGUCCUGCUUCUAUAUGUCCAUGUUGUCAUUCUGGCCAGAGCCACAUCUGCACCUCUGACAACAGCCACUGUCUUAACCAGAAGCUCAAAGGACCCGUGCUCUUCCUGGUCUCCAGCAGUCCCAACUAAGCAGUACCCAACAUUGGAUGUGAUCUGGCCAGAGAAAGAAGUGCCACUGAAUGGAACGCUGACCUUGUCCUGCACUGCCUGCAGCCGCUUCCCCAACUUCAGCAUCCUCUACUGGCUGGGCAAUGGCUCCUUCAUUGAGCACCUCCCAGGCCGGCUGAGGGAGGGCCACACAAGCCGGGAGCAGAGGAACGCAAGCACCUGGCUACACAGGGCCUUGGUGCUGGAGGAACUGAGCCCCUCCCUACUAAGUACCAACUUCUCCUGUCUGUUUGUGGAUCCCGGACAGGUGGCCCAGUAUCAUGUCAUUCUGGCCCAGCUCUGGGUAAGGAACCUGAAAGAAGGCAUCCAGGGAUGGGAGGAACUCCACUACCUGGGGAAGAAAGGAUUGGCUUUUCCAAUGCAACCUGAUGGAUUGAAGACAGCCCCAUCCCCUUCUCAAGAAACCCUCUCCAGCCACAGCCCAGGACCCAGAUCAGCAGGCCCAGGGGCCCCAUGAAGCCAACCACAGCAUGACCUUGACCGGAGCCUGGCUCUCAUCUACCUGGAGGGUGAAGUCUACACCACAGGCUGUGAUUGCCUCUUUCCAGCGGCUGAACCUCAAACUCAAGCUUCAUUUCUACCUAGAUUACAAUAGUUAUUAAGUCCUUGGA